CGAAGCUGGAUCCCUGGGCACCGCCUCUUCCGUCUGCGGCGCCCGGAGGCGCCCGGAAAUUUGCGGGCGCGCCGGAAGUUGAGGGGAGUUUCUUGCGAGCUCGGCUUCCUCAACAUGGCAGCGCCCUUGUCAGUGGAGGUGGAGUUCGGAGGUGGUGCGGAGCUCCUGUUUGACGGUAUUAAGAAACAUCGAGUCACUUUGCCUGGACAGGAGGAACCCUGGGACAUCCGGAACCUGCUCGUCUGGAUCAAGAAGAAUUUGCUAAAAGAGCGGCCAGAGUUGUUCAUCCAGGGAGACAGCGUGCGGCCAGGAAUUCUGGUGCUGAUUAACGAUGCCGACUGGGAGCUACUGGUCAGUACCUUGGGGGACAUCCCUCCCCCAGCCCCUGCCCUUGCUGCUUCAGUGGGAAAGCCUUGGGCCUCUCCUCAGGCACAUAUAGAGUGGCUGGGUAAUCCUCCACCCGACUCCAGCCCCACACUGAGGCUGCUGGAGUCUCCCUCUCCAGGUGAGGAAGGGAUGGGUAGCUGGGGACAUGGGAGUACCCCUCCAUCCUGAAGAUUUGCAAGUUGAGGUAUAGGAUACCCAUUUUUCUGGUAGAGUCUGUGUCUUCCAGAGCAGCCAGUCCUCAGCCCCUGCUCUCCCAACUCCUGGGGUGGACCUGGGAAGGUGGCUCUGAGGGUCUCCCGCUCCCCUCUCUCCCGCACCAGGGUGAGCUGGACUAUCAGCUUCAGGACCAGGACAGCGUCCUCUUCAUCUCCACUCUGCACGGCGGCUGAGGGCCCUUCUCUGGGCCUGGGCACCCAUAGAGGGGAGAACGAAGCAAUCAGACAUCCCCUUGGGCCCUGCUUCCAGGUCUCCCUGUCCCUCUUGCCUGCCUUCUUCCCUGCUCUGUCCCCCAAGCUCCCUCCAGGCAGGGAAAAGAGGCCAGGUGCUAAAAAUGAGCCUUUCUCAAGCACGUGAGCAGCGUGAGCAGCGGAAGGCAGACGGUGCCAGAGCCCAGCACUCCUUUUUCCAGCAGCUGUGGUGGGGGAGGGUUCCCCUCUGGUUUGUCAAGAGUGGAAGGAGGCUCUGUGGCCAGGUGACCUGGCUGCCUUCCACUCCUUGUACCUCAGUCUAAACAUGGAGUGGCCGCUGACAAGGUGCUCCAGCCCCAGAGCCAGCGUCUUCAUGGGGAAGAUGAAUGGACCUGAGUAGCUGAAGGAAGGCCCCUCCCUACCCAAAGACUGGAGGCUUCUCAGCCUCAAUUUCCCUGUCUGGACAGCUGAAGGCUCUGCCUGUCCCCCACUGCUAUCAGUAUGGAACCCCAGCUGGGGUCCCCUAUUGAGUGUUGACUCCCGCCUCCCCCCCGACCGCCAGCAGCUGCUCCUCCAGCCACACCCCUCCUUCUGCUCCCCCCACCCCUAGCCCUUGACCCUGGCUGGCCUGCCCCCCCUCCACAGGCCACCAGAUGGGCUCCUGAGACCCUCCCCAGGCUGCUUACAGCUCAUUCUGCUGGGGGUAGAGAUGAGGGGAGGGAGUAAGUUAAACCUUGGACUAGCAAGUAGAAGCCUGGGGAGAUCCGUGUGCCUCAGUUUCCUCCUCUAGAACUGAAUAUUUAUAGUGGCUGAAAACUGGGGAGAUACUUGAUGGUGCAAAUGUCCAUUUUCUCUCCCUUCCCACCUCCUGCAGGAAGCAGGAUGGGGCAGGCAGCACCUGGUAGGCAGAGUGGUUUGCCCCUCCUCCCCUUCCCUUCUGGAAGUCUUGGGGCCUCAGUGCUUGCAGCAGCCGGCCUUGGGCAAAUAAAAGACUAGGUUGUUUACUA